AGCAAACAGAAGUUCCCUCCGCAAGCCUUACUUGCAGCCUCUACAAACGAGCCUUCAAGUAGACAGUCAAACGCGUUCUACCGGCAACUUGCCUGAACCAACGAACUUCCGUCCUCACCAACAUCCGACAACUCACAAUCUUCUUCAUUAGCAAGAUACACCAUGGCGUACGACGAACCCACCUCUGAGAAGCACCGUCGAGUUCAACUGCCCAAGAGCUUCCAAUGCCGACUGUGCAAGCUGUUCAAGGAGCCUGGUCAAUUCUCCAACAAAGAAAUUAAUACCUAUACGUACAAGGUUGCUGCUGGUCAUACGGUCAAUCGAACCAGUGCUCAACUUCGUUGCCGCCAAUGCUCUGGUGGUCAGCUUCAUGAAUUGAAGUGCAUGGGUCCUUGCGGAAAAUACCUCGACCUUCAGUCAUUCUCUAAGUCUGCCCGUACGACUGGAGGAUCUGGCUGGUGCCAGCCCUGUGUUCUCUGGAAGGAGGCUGCCCAACAUGACCUCACUCCCCAAGCACCCCCUCAAGGUGAUCUUGCUCCUGAUGAGGAUGGUGACGCAAACUUCGAGCCAUUUCCGAACAACAGCAAUGCUAGUUAUUACUCUGACCCUGAGGCCGGAGACGGAAGUGAUUAUGAUGACUAUCCAGUCGCACGAUCCGUCGCUCCAUCAGUUGCGGCUACCUCAUCGGCUCGUCCAGCUCGCUCGGCUGCUUCCUUCUCUGCUCGACCAGCUGCUGCCUCCUAUGUUCAGUCAUCCGCUACAGCUGCUCCUCGUCCAUCUGCUCCACUGUCUUCUGGUCCCUCGGCCCCACCCUCUGUCCGUUCUUCGGCUCCAGCUUCAUCGACGUCCCAUGAGCCAAGCAUUACUUCCUCGACUGCUGCUCUGAGCCAAAUGUCCCUGCGCACCAACGGCUGGACCAACCAACCCGUUCGUACUCGAGCUGUUAAUCAACCGAAUGUUCCUGCUAGCCGAACACCAGCUGCAGCUCCUCAUCUUCGCGCUAGUCCUGGUAACGCCCCAGUAACCAUGCCAGCUGUCCGCAAAGUCUCCGAUAUGAAGACAUUGUCAUCCGUCAGCAAUCCGUACGAAGGUUGGGCUACGGAUAAUCUGAGUCAGUCAGGUGCUUCCGCUGUUCGUCCUUCUGCUACGCUUCCUACUGUCGGUGCCAAUCGCCCCGCUCCUGUCACAUACAACGCAUGGGAUGCGGCCGGUCAACUUCAUGUCCAACAGCGUUUCUCCUCGGACACUCACUCUGAGGCAGGUUCGACAAUCACUUCUACCAGUGCUGCCACCAUCAGUACUGUGCGCCCUCCUCCAGUAAUCAACGCUCGCAAUUCAAACUGGGCCAAGCCUGUUGGUAGCAGAAAUCUGCAGACCAAAUACGAUGCUCGAGACCACCGUGAUCAACCCAAGCCAACGCAAAACGAUUACGAUAGCGAUGAUGAUAUGUGAUCAGUCUAUCCAAUGAUUUCACCUCUGCAUAAAGUCUCCUGCUUUGCAGAAGUGGUUGAUUCUUGAGAAUCACGGGCGGUAACGAGACUCUUCUU